CCGCGCAAUCCAACGGACCUAGCCAUUCCCCACCACCCUCUCCAUGGCUCCACGCUCCCCUAGCUAAUCUCUCAAGAACACAAACUCUCGAGGACCUUUUUCUUUUUUUCUUUUUCUUCAUACAUACAUAUUGUUUCACUCGCAUGUCCUUGCAGUUGUUGAUCAGAGGCUGCGAAGAGAGACAGAGCCAUGCCGGACUCUGACAAUGACUCCGGCGGGCCGAGCAACACUGGCGGGGAGCUGUCUUCCCCGCGGGAGCAGGACCGGUUCCUGCCGAUCGCCAACGUGAGCAGGAUCAUGAAGAAGGCGCUCCCGGCGAACGCCAAGAUCAGCAAGGACGCCAAGGAGACGGUGCAGGAGUGCGUGUCGGAGUUCAUCUCCUUCAUUACCGGCGAGGCCUCCGACAAGUGCCAGCGAGAGAAGCGCAAGACCAUCAACGGCGACGACCUGCUCUGGGCAAUGACCACCCUCGGCUUCGAGGACUACGUCGACCCGCUCAAACACUACCUUCACAAGUUCCGCGAGAUCGAGGGCGAGAGGGCCGCCGCCUCAACCGGCACGCCCGAGAUGCCCAGAAACGCCAAUGCCGCCGCCGGCUACGCGGGAUACGGAGGCGCCAGCCCCGGCACAGGCGGCCCUGCAGCUGGAGGCAUGAUGAUGAUGAUGUACGGCUCGCCACCGCCGCCACAGCAGCAGCAGCAACAUCAGAUGACAAGAGCUGGCUUUGGACAUCAGGGAAGCACCGGCGCCGGCGGGUCCUCGUCGUCGUCCGGCCUCGGACGGCAAGAUAGGGUCUGAAGAGAUGAUGACACCACACCUUGUAUAUCGCUCAAGUUGAGUACGCCUGGCCGGUAACCAAUAGGUUUUUUUCCGUCAAUUUCUUGGUGAUGUAUCAAUGCGACAUUGCUAAUCUGAAUCUGAGACCCGAGUUUUGUUUAA